CCGACAACAUGCUACAGGUGUGGUCACAACCUCGCCACGGCGACUUGUUCGAAUCGUGAAACGUCAGCAGACCCCUUGCAUCCCGCAAUUCGAGGGCCGCCAGCUGGGGGCGGCUAAUGACCAACGGCGUGACGCUGGCAGACGGGGCCAGCCGUCCAGGCCAGGAUGUGCUGCAGGGAUGUACGUCCGCCUCGACGACAACAACCCACAACAAGCAGCCGCAACAACGACAAGCACACCAUGGUGUUUCGAAACAAUCGUCACCCUCGGACGGCACUCUGCUCCGUCUUGACCGUGGACCAUGGGCGCCUAGGGCUGCAUAUCGCGCCAGCUCGAGUGGGCUGCAGCCUCCCGGGCUGGCACUCGUCCCUCCUGAUGCCUUCCUUGUUUGGGCUCUUGGUCGUGAUGCCCACCGCCGGCCGGUUCUAUAAGGGCCACCACCUCCCUCCCCCGGCCCAUCUCGAGGUGCCGUCUCGGCCCUGCCAUCUUCGCCGACAGCGUCGUCUUUCCACCUUCUCUUUUGCUUCACCCACAAACCCGGCGGGUUGUUCAUUCUUUCUACCGGUGCUAGCUCACCCAAUUCAUUCUUUUCUUCUUGUUCUUCAGACCUUCGCUCGCCCUUGAUCGGGCUCCAAGCUGUUCACUUCUCAUUACUGACCCAUUCGACAAGACCAAGUCAAAAAUAGAGAGAAACUUACUCAUUCACCAUGCGUUUCUCAUCCUCCCGGGCCUUGGCCUCGCUUCUGCUCUCCUCCCGCGUCGCCGUCGGGGCUGCUCUUGCUGGCCCAGCAAGCCUAAACGCCACCCUCCCGGUCGAGGAUUUGGACGACGACACUUGUGACCCGGAUCUCGACCCCGUGGAGGAGACUGUAACCGCCACAGUUGUGCCUGUUACUCCCUCCGCAGCCGUCCCCUCGCCCACUGGCGUUGCCCCCAUCGCCAACGGCACCGCCCCCACGCCGGCCUCGGAGCAGCUCACAACUCUCACCGUACUGUCCACUCAGGUCCGCACCGUCAUCAGCUGUGCCCCGACGGUGACCAACUGCCCGGCUGAUGCUGCCUCCCUGUCCAACCUCGCCUCCACGGCCCCCGAUCAGGUGUCUACGGUGCUCGUCACCGAUGUGGUACAGCUCGCCACCACAAUCUGCCCCGUCACAGCCGCCGAUUUGGUCUCAUCCAGCAUUAUUUCUGUUGCUGCCACUGGCGGCAUUACUGGUACAACCAUUACAGCAACUCGCGACCUUCCAGGUGCUCUCCCAACUGACGCACACACCCCUUCGGCCAGUGGGGCUGUUCCUCCUCAGGAGAGCUCCUCGCCCGAGACAGGUGCUUCCCGCGUACCUCCAGCUCCCACCGGCGCUCUUCACCCGCCUCCUUCCAACAGCACCGGAGUGAAGCCAUUCCCCAUCGGCAACUCGUCCAUCGCAUCUGUCCACGAGGUGACUUCGACCGUAUACGCCACCAACCUGUACACCGUGACCUCGUGCGCCGCCAGUAUCACCAACUGCCCUGCUGGAAGCUCUGUAGCCACUGAGAUUGUCCCUAUUUCUACCACGGUUCUGACUAGCACCCUCGCUUCCUCUGAGCUUGCUUCCCUCUCAUCUGUCGCAGCCAUCACCGGUGGUGCCCCUGAGCCUACUCCCGUCGGCGAGCAGACCACCCUGACUGUCCAGAUUACUCAUCUUCACACCGUCAUCUCUUGCGCGCCUACCGUCUCAAACUGCCCAGCAGCCACCGCCACCAAGGAAGUUGCUGAGGCCGUCUCCUCCCACGGCAGCUCUGCCGUUCAACCAGUGAUUGUGACCAGCAUUGUUGGCGAAACAACCACUGUGUGCCCGGUUACCGAGGCCUCUGCCGUGUCAUCUGAAGUCGGUGCCAGCAUGAGCUCUGCUGUACAGACCACUACUGUCAACGGCACCCCUUCUUUCUUCAUCCCUGGUGCUACCAGCGUUCAGACUGCCGUUGUAUCCAAGACGUCGGUACUGACAACCGCUACUACGGCGGUUUCGUUUGUGACAGUGACCCUUGGUGACGGCGUCGAGAGUACUUCCACCAAAACUGUUGAACAGCCUCAGACAAUCACGACUGUAGUUCAAGAGGAGGCAUCCGCUUCCUCUUCCGUUGCAGCUGUUGCAGAGUCCUCGUCUACCGCUGUCAUUGUGUCUGUGUUGCCAGUGGUUUCUGUCAUCACAAUCACUCUGAGUGAUGGUUUUAAAAGGACAUCAACGAGCUCUUUCCAGGAGGCCUCGACUAUAACUACCGUUUUAGCUGUGACCCCUACUACAUCAGUAGUCGAGAACCCUGCCGCUGAAACCCCGGCUGCUGUGACCCCCGAGCAACAGACCGUUCACACUACUAUUUUGAGCACCACCGUUGUUCAGGUCCCAAGCGUGGUUACAGUCACAGUCUCUGGAAUUGCUCAGGAGAGCAGCACUAUCGUCGAGUCCACCAGCGUCCAUACGUCGAUUUUGGAGCCCACGCCCGCCAGUUCCAACAUUGUUUCGACCAUAUAUGAGACUAUAACAUCGCAAAUACCCGUCGAGACAAUCCUUACCGUCACCCUCGGCGACCAGGUUCUCACAUCCACCAUCUCCACCGUGGCCGCCGUCCAGACGCCCGAGACAACCGCCCACGCCCAGGUAUCCACAGUAUACGUGACCGUUGGAUCUGGGUCCGAUACCAGCGUCAUGACGAGCACCUUCACCGCAAGCGAGGUCGUCGCCAAGGAUACCCAGACCCUCACCCUGACCGGCAGCGCCGGCAUCGUCUCGACGUACACCCUGACCAUAAGCAAGGCCACUACUGUUACCCAGGACGCUCCCAAGCCCACCAACCAGGGCAAUGCCGCCAGCGCCUGUGUGCCGUCUACUGUCACCCUCGUCAGUGUGUCCACGCUGUGCGCUCGAAGCGGCAAUGCUUGCGCCACCGCCACGCACCUGCCUCUGGCGAGGUUCUAAGGGAGAGCAAAGCAAGAGGGGAGAUACCAUGUACAUAGCCUGUCUCGGAGGAGUUGCAGAUCAAAACAUUCUUCUCAAAUAUUCGGGUAGCAGGAAACUGACUGAAUCAUUGGUGUUGUUCGCCAUUGUAUAGUCUUCAUCUGCUGUACAUACAUACGUAUGAAAUAGAGAGUCAUCAGAAAUAUUUGAAAGUCUGGAUGGUGCGAUUCCCAUCGGUGAGCGCUCCAAUAUGUUGGGGGGAAAACUUUUGAAAGAGAAAAAUGACAUUUGAGUGUCAGCAUAAA